UCCAGGCCGCCUCGACUCCGCUUCUUGGGCGGCUCCCACCCCAGCCGCACCCGGAUCAGAGCAGUCGCGGGCCAGUCUUGCCCGCGAGACACCCUCGAGGCCGGGGAGAGGAGCGGCCGUCGUGUGUCCGGGGCUGGGGGCCCCUGCGCUGGUCUGCGCACCGCCGGGAGCGGGCGGGGGCUCUGCGCGCUUGGCCGGGAGCCCCUGGGGAGACCGUCCCCCCUACACCGCGCGCAAGCUGAGGCCCCGCGCAGCGAGGCCCCGCCCGCUCGCCAUCCCACCGCCCCUCUGGUGUCUCCCCGUCGGGAGCGUCGCGGGGCAUGGAGCCCUUCCUCAGGAAGCGGCUGACCUUCCUGUCCUUCUUCUGGGACAAGAUCUGGCCGGCGGGCGCGCCGGGAUUCCUGGACCCCGAUGCAGACCUCGAGCCUGAGCCCGCGGGGGUGGAGCCCCCCGCCGCGGAGCCCUGCAGUCCCCCGGCGCCCGCGCAGCUCUUCAGGGCGCUGUGCGACUUCAGGGCGCAGAGCGCGGAGGAGCUGAGCGUCGGCCGCGGGGACAGGCUCUACGCCCUCAGGGAGCAGGGCGGCUACAUCUUCGCCCACAGGCUCUCCUGCCCUCCCAGAACCGGGCUGGUGCCCAUCACGUGCGUGACCAGGGUCACCCCUGAGGCGUUCUCCGACCAACCCUGGUACUUCAGUGGCAUCAGCCGAGCCGAGGCCCAGCAGCUGCUCCUGUCCCCUGGCAACGCGCCAGGUGCCUUCCUCGUCCGGCCCAGUGAGAGCAGCCAUGGGGACUUCUCGCUGUCAGUCCGGGCCCAGGCCAAAGUCCACCACUACCGCAUCUCCACGGCAGCCGACGGCAGCCUCUACCUGCAGAAGGACCAGCUCUUCCCCAGCCUGGAGGAGCUCCUGGCCUAUUACAAGGUCCACUGGCAGCUGAUCCAGCCCUGUGUGCCCCACGACAAGUGGGAGCGGCCACGCUCCGAGUUCACCCUGCAGAGGAAGCUGGGCGAAGGCUACUUUGGGGAGGUGUGGGAAGGCCUGUGGCUGGGCUCUGUGCCAGUGGCGAUCAAGGUCAUCAAACCAGCUGACAUGAAGCUCACCGACCUCGCCCAGGAGAUCCAGACGCUCAAGAGCCUAAGGCAUCAGCGCCUCAUCCGGUUGCACGCGGUGUGCUCCGCGGGCGUGCCAGUGUACAUCGUCACUGAGCUCAUGCGCAGGGGCAGCCUGCAGGCCUUCCUGGGCAGCCCUGAAGGCCAGGCCCUGAGCCCGCCUCUCCUGCUGACCUUUGCCUGCCAGGUGGCCGAGGGCAUGAGCUACCUGGAGGAGCGGCACAUCGUGCACCGGGACCUGGCUGCCAGGAACGUGCUCGUGGGCGACGACCUGGCCUGCAAGGUGGCCGACUUUGGCCUGGCCCGGCUGCUCAAGGACGACAUCUACUCCCCGAGCCGUGGCUCCAAAAUCCCUGUCAAGUGGACGGCGCCUGAGGCAGCCCACUACUGCGUGUACUCCCAGAAGUCGGAUGUCUGGUCCUUCGGAGUCCUGCUCUAUGAAGUCUUCACCUACGGCCAGUGUCCCUACGAAGGAAUGAGCAACCAGGAGACUCUGCAGGAGAUUAUGCGAGGGUACCGGCUGCCGCGCCCGGCUGCUUGCCCCACCGAGGUCUAUGUGCUCAUGCUGCAGUGCUGGCGGGGGAGCCCUGAGGAGCGGCCGGACUUCGCCACCCUGCAGGAGAAGCUGAGCGCCGUUGGCAGGCGCCGCCACCCUGCCCUCACGUGACUCGGGCCCCAGACACCUGGCCAGGGCCACCCCCUUGCUGAGGAGCCUCCCAACCCACAGGACAGGUCAACACACACAGGGGUCUCUGGUGCCCCAAAACUGUUGCCAGCCCGCGCAGCCUCUGGCCGUGGGCCACACGCCCUGACACGCUCUGACACUUGCAUGGGCACGCAAGGCAGACAUAUGCAGACACCUGCUCAGACAGAGGAGGGGCUGGGGUCCUCUCCUGGUGUGACUGGUGUCCCUGGUGGGGUGAGGAUCUCUGCAGAGAAGGCCAGAUGGAGCCCCCUCAGCUCUCUCAGAGUCAAGAGUGAGAGGUGGGCUUCCCAGUGUCUCCAAAGUCCUGCUGUGGCCUUACCGAAGCGGCAGGCUGGGGCUCUCUGGCAGACUCGGGGCGCUGGCCACACGUAGCGCAGGCUGGGCACGGCCAUCAGCACACGCAUCAGCCCCCAGAUCACAGCAGGAGCUGGAGCUGACGGCAUGGUCCCCCAGCUGGCUUACCACAGCGGAGGAAGAGCUGGUCCCCACCCGCGGGCAUCUUUGCGCCCAGAACCAGGGACCCAGGGGCAGCAUGACUCCUGGGCUGUUGGCAGGAACCGGCUGAGGCUGCAGAAGCUGUACGAACAGCCCUUUCCAUCUCCCUGGGGCUGGAGCAGAGAGGGCUGGGGAGGGGGGUGGGAUGGGUCAGGCCACUGGAAGGUGACUAAGUUAUGCUGGGGGUCGGUUCUCUGGGGGUGGGACAAUGGUCAGGGAGGCAGAGUGCCUCAGGCGUGGGGCUGGGUGCUGGCCUGGCUGUGCAGGUAGGGGUGGGGCAGAGGCCAUGUCGUCUGGGCACCUGGGUGAUGACCAGCUCCCCUAGGAAAGGAAGCAGCCAGUUUCCAGGAUGCGACUUCCCACAGGGCUGGUUUCAAGCCACGUCAGAGUGUCACCAAAUGUGGACUGGGCAGGACAUCACAUUGGUUCCAGAUCACCCUGAUGGCUUUGGUCCCCAAGAGACAGACAGUGGAGGGCGGGGACUGAAGCCUUCCCAGAGGGGAGGGGUGGGCACUGUGGGCAGAGGCAGCCCAAAGGACUAGGUAGGAGGUAGGAACAGGCCACUUCAGGGCCCCAGUCGGCCUGGCUGUGGGUCAGAGCCUGGGACACCGUCCUCCCGACCCAGGCAGACAGUAGGGGCAGGUGGGUUUGGCCUGAGCCUUUUGGGGCCGCAGGCAGCUAGGGGGUCUGCCUUGGUCUGCAGCCCUCAGGGGUGGAGCUGGGCUCCUUGGGCUCUGGGUGGUUCCCAGAUAAAGUGGUGUGAGGUUCAGGGCUCCGGCCAUGCUGGAGGGCUCACCCGCUUUGUUUCCUGGAAACUGUGGCAUGUGCGGAGCGGGGAUGGCAGGCGCACUGUGGCCGGAGGGCUGUGCUGGGCGGUGACCGGAGAGGCGGGUGUGCUCAGGGUUGGGGUCACUGGCACAUCCCUGGGGCAUCUCUUCAGCACAAGCCAAGCAGGUCUGGUGGUGGUGCCUGGGGAGGGACCAGGGUCUCCACCUCAGAACCCUCCUGCGGCCCACAUCCCAGUGUGGCCCCGGGAAAACCCCCGCACAUCCGGCCGAGGCCCUGGACGCGGCGCCCAGGUGUCCCGGCAGCGGUGAAGGGUGGGCGUGCAGGGUGGGGCCUUGGAGCCCAGGGGAGCUGAGCAGCUCACCGCCCAGCCCUGGGUCCCUGCCCCCUGGGCCUGGCCCCUCCCUGGUCAGAACUGAGCGGGCUGCUCUGUGUGCUCACAAACUUGUGAAAUGACACUUGUACUUGGUUUCAGUGAAGCGAGUGGUCCCAUAGUCUCGUCUCAAUAAAAGGGAAAGCACCAGGAA